GAGCGGGAGUGGGGGUGGGGGAGCAGGGGCAGGGGCAUGCGCGAAGGGACGUGGCAGAGGCGCUGCGGCGGCGGCCGCGGGGGGUGAACAUAGUGGUGGUGCGGGAGAACACGGAGGGCGAGUACAGCGGGCUGGAGCACGAGGUCGUGCCAGCUGGUGAGCAGGCUCUGUUCGGAGCGCAUAGUGCGGCGCGCUACGCCUUCCACUUGAAUUUGAGUCGACUCAUAAGCUGCCGCCCUAAACCCUCUCCCCAGGUGGUGAGCAAGUUCUGUUCAGAGCGCAUAGCGCGCUACGCCUUCCAGUACGCGUACCUCAACGGGCGUCGCGCAGUCACGGCGGUGCACAAGGCCAACGUCAUGAAGGUCUCCGACGGGCUCUUCCUCGACUCGUGCCGCCAGGUGGCCCAAUCCCGCCCGCACCUGCGCUACAGCGAGAUCAUCGUGGCGCAGGCGUACCCGCGCCUGCGCUACAGCGAGAUCAUCGUGUCGUGGACAACUGACUGUGAUACCACUCAAGAGUCAUCCCGAUCCACCCCAUUCCCCUCCGCCUCCUCCUCCGCUUGUUGUGCUGUUGUGCGGCAGGUGGCGCAGGCGUACCCACACCUGCGCUACAGCGAGAUCAUUGUGGACAACUGCUGCAUGCAGCUCGUGCGCCGCCCCCAGCAGUUUGACGUCAUGGUGCGGUGCAGGGUGGUGCGGUGCAGGGUGGUGCGGUGCAGGGUGGUGCGGUGCAGGGUGGUGCGGUGUAGGGUGGUGCGGUGGGGGGUGGUGCGGUGCAAGGUGGUGCGGUGUAGGGUGGUGCGGUGGGGGGUGGUGCGGUGCUUGCUGUGGGGGAUAGGCAUGUGUAUGGGGGCGGCACACGAGGGGGCAGAACAGGGGGUGGUGGCACAUGGGGUUUGGGUGGGCAACGGGGAGGGGAUUGGGGUGGUGACGCCCAAUCUGUACGGCUCGCUGGUGGCCAACACAGCAGCGGGCAUCUGUGGGGGCUCCUAUCUCAUGCCCGGAGGCAAUGUGGGCGACAACGCAGCCGUGUUCGAGCAGGGCGCAUCGGCAGGCAACGUGGGAAACGAGCGCAUGGUAUCAGAGCGCACGGCCAACCCCACGGCGCUGCUGCUCUCAGCAGCCAUGAUGCUGCACCACCUGCACCUGCCGGUGUUUGCUGACCGAGUGGAGGGGGCCGUGAAGGGCGUGCUGGCCGAGGGGGCCGUGCUCACUCCCGAUAUGGGGGGUGGGGCCACGACCCAGGAUAUGGUUGAUGCGAUUGUGGAUAGGCUGGGGUAA